AUGGCCCACGAUCGUGCUCAAUCAUUGCUUCUACACCAGCCCGGAUUUAUUCCUACUCAGCCUGGGCUGGCAGCUGUACCCGCUGUUACCAGAGGUUUUCGCGAUUCUACCAAUAACUUUGCUUAUCCAAAACUAUCGCCCCUGAUUUUACCUCCUGGGGCCUACUAUGAUCAGCGACAAUCCACCGGUCCACCUGGGCUAGCAGUUCGUCCUGCGCCAAAUAGCGCAGGAUCCGAGGCACCACCUGAGCAUGAUCAUCAGAUCAUCACCUAUGAUGAUUUGGAAAAGCUUCUUCCUAACCCCAAACCAACCGGUCGCGUGGAAGUCGGCGUACUUCCAGAUGGCAGCGCGUAUGCACCAAAAACCGGCGAAAAUUAUUUGCUGUUUCCGUCUAAAAGCAGUUACAUUCUGUACUUCACUCAUCACUAUUUCUCACGUGAAAACUUGAGUCGGGAUGUACCGCUCCUCAGUCGGAUGAUAAAUCAAAUGACCUUGCCUUUGGACAAACUUAUUAAGGCACCGAGACUGGUUGCUUUAAACACAACUCCAGAAGAGGUUGAGCAAGCUCUGAUCAAGAGCAAGGUUGUUUGCAUCGAAGAUCUUGGAAACGGUGUUCGAGGCGUGCGUCGAAUUGAUGGAUUUCCUGCGAUCGGUUCUCCAAACGAUCCAAGCUCUACACGCGUUACCGCCCCCGGGUCAGAAGCAAUGACAAGUACAAUAACUGGUACGGGCAAUGGACCAAGUCAUCAGUUUCAGCCUCCUCUGACUUCUGCUCAAUCUGCCGAUACUUCGAGUGAGGACGACCGGUUGUUGGCUGCAUCUUUGGCAGAAAUGUCUUUCACCACUAAAACUAAUACACUACCGGGUUACUCUUUUCCAUCCAUGGAACAGUCAACAGGCCAAACGAAUGUUCUAAUCUCUCCAAAUCCAGCUUCGGGCAUCAUAGGUCCAGGUGGUAGUCGUCUGUCACCCAGCCAACCGGUUUCAUGUUCAGCUGCCCAUCCUCCGCAUCCCGUUGCUGUCGCGCAGACAUCGGCAACAUAUGAAAGCACUACACCGAGUUCNAAUGGAUCACUCUCUUCUAGUCGUCCCACCUCAGCAAUUUGGCCUCAGCCUUCAACAUUUGCACUUAGUCCUAACAAUCGCUCUUCGUUACUCGGGAAUAACGCGUCACAACCGCUUGACUCGCCUUCAGUCGCCAAUAACAAUCAUUCUACUUCUAUUCUUGGAUUUCCGUCUCGUCCACCGUAUGGACCUGGAAUGCCCACUGGAAGUUUGCAGACACCUGAUCUUCAGCCCAUUUCUGUUCUGCCUAUGCGCCACCAAGCUGGUUUGCCUCAGUAUCUGUUGAGCCAGCCUACUCAUGGUUCAGGAGCUUAUCCUGGCUCUUUAUCAUUCUGUCAAAUGUGCUACUCAAAGUCACCUAUGAAUAUGGCCAUGGCCGCAGCUAUCGGUAAUCCUGCUCAUCAGCAUCUGUCCCAAGCUCAUCUCACGCCAAAUCCUCAAUUCCCUGGCCAGAUUUUCCACGGUCAACCUGGGCAAAUGCCCUCAUUAAACGCCCAUCAAGCUAACGUUGCUCUAGCUGCAGCUAGUUCUUACCAUGCCGCAGUUGCAGCUCUUGCUGCAGCAGCCCAACAACAGGUCUCUCCUGCCUAUUUCAACCCGUCCAUAACACCGAAUAUGCAUUCACAAGUUCAACAUGUCCAGCAAGCAUCACCAUUGCCCGUGUACUAUGCAGCUCAGCCGUUGUCUUUGCCCACGCACUUCCAGCGUCACCCGUUGCCUCGUUUUCCCCAUGGUUCGGUAUACCCCAUUCAAAGUUACCAACAACCGAAUCCCAACGCUGCGCUCCACAAUCCUGUUCCACAAUCGUCUGAAAUAUCUGGAACACUUCCAAAAGAAGGGUCCAUGUAUUCUAUGAACAAUGCUUCGCAGGUUGCCACCAGUAUUGCCUACCCUUUUUUGUUUCAACCUCAUGUUCAUCUACCCCAUGCCAACCAGCCGUCAACAAACAACCCUAACCUCGUUGCGGCUGCUGCCGCGGGUUUACACAUCCAAUAUUCUCAACAGAUGACGCCCCGUCAACCACCAAUGAAUGCCUACAAUCUUGCUCCUCUCGGUUUGACGGUUGUUAACAAUCCUGUUUCCGCUCCGGUACAAACUCAAAAUACCAACGAGGAUACUAACUCCGCAUCCUUAGGGUAUCAAGAAAAGAAUCAUCCUGAAUUAACAACAGAUGUUCAGUCAGAAAACUUAACACCCCCCGCCUACAGCACGAGCCCUCCGGUUCAGGGAAACGGAGCGGUUCCCGCGUCCCCCGUCCCUGCAUCCCCCAUCUCCGGUGAAAAAACAAGCGAUCUCAAUACGAAGCAGUUAGUGGACAGCGAGGAGAUCGCACAGAAAACAAGAGUGGCACAAACUGAUUUGACAGUGGACAAGGCGGAUUCACCCGAAGAUUCUGAAGAUUCAGGAAGUUCAGGCAUUGGGGAAAUGAAUUCUGCCGGAAGUAGUGGACCAAUAGAUACUCGAACAAGCUCAUCCCUGACAUUAACCGACCAACCCCCAUCAGAUGUGACAUCCACAUGUGAGUUGAUCAACUACCGACGUCAUCCUCGUUCAACUCGCACCAAAGACGUCGAACGAAGCCCUUGA